AUGGCUGCCCAAAACUCAACCUCGUCUCGAAGCAAAUCUUCCUCGCAUGGUAGGUUGCUACUUUGUUCCCAUAGUGAGAGGUCGGUGUUGCAAACCUCGGGAACCAAGGAGAACCUUGGUCGCAGAUUCUGGGGCUGUGUUUACUAUGAGGUGCAUCAAGGCUGCAACUUCUUUCGUUGGGCAGAUCUAGAGACAGAGGUGGAACACUCAGAAAUUGCAAGAAUGAGGAGGAAGGUUUUCUCGCUGAAAUCAAGAACGAAAGCGGCAGAGUGGAAGCUAAUGGUUGUUGCUAUGUUAGGGUUUUUUGGGUGGGUUGGGUUUUUGUAUUUGCUGUUGCAGAAUUUUCUAUGGCAAGGCCACAAUGUGUAA